UUUUUCACUUCGAUUUGCCGCAGAUCAGCUGAGCCGCGAGCAGACGUCGCCAUGGGAAGAAGACCAGCAAGGUGUUACCGUCAGAUUAAGAACAAGCCUUACCCGAAAUCAAGGUACUUCCGUGGUGUGCCUGAUCCGAAGAUCAGGAUCUAUGAUGUUGGAAUGAAGAAAAAGGGGGUAGAUGAGUUCCCCUUCUGUGUGCACUUGGUUAGUUGGGAGAAGGAAAACGUGUCAAGUGAGGCACUUGAAGCUGCUCGUAUUGCUUGCAACAAGUACAUGACAAAGUUCGCUGGAAAGGAUGCCUUCCACCUGAGGGUCAGGGUACACCCCUUCCAUGUUCUGCGUAUCAAUAAGAUGUUGUCGUGUGCUGGAGCUGAUAGGCUUCAAACUGGCAUGAGAGGGGCUUUUAGCAAGCCUCAGGGUGUUUGUGCUCGUGUUGCCAUUGGGCAGGUUCUUUUGUCUGUGUGCUGCAAGGAUGCCAAUGGCAACAAUGCCCAGGAGGCCUUGCGCCGUGCUAAGUUAAAGUUCCCCGGUCGUCAAAAGAUCAUUGUCAGUAGGAAGUGGGGUUUCACAAAGUUCAGCCGUACCGACUAUGUGAACUAUAAGAAAGAAAACCGCAUUCAACCUGAUGGUGUCAAUGCUAAGCUCUAUGGAUGCCAUGGGCCCCUUGCUAAUCGUAAACCUGGAAGAGCUUUUUUACCUGCAACAGCAUAAA